UCACCCGACGAAGAAGAAGGUCAACGUUUGUAAACAUGAGCCAGCCGAAGGCUAAAUGACUUCUUCACAAUAACUUAGAUGCUGUGAUUUCCGAGGACAAAGAAGCCGUGACAAUAAUGGAGCUGGUGUGGGAGGACCCUCCAGUCCCUGAUGCUCCUUUCUUUACCAGGGAUCUCUAUGACAAAUAUUCACUUGCGCCUAACAUCAGAGAGCUAUGGUCCUCUCUCCAAAGUCCUGUAGAAAAUUCCAACAUUAAACAUGAGGGUGAUGCUAAUGCUGCCAGAGCUUCUUUCUUUUCCACCAAAGAAGAAGUUGCAGACAACAGUAACAUCAGCCAGGAAGAGUCGUGUUUGUACAGUGAUGAUGGAGAGGACAAUGAAAAAAAGGAGGCAGAUGAUGCUUUUCCUGAUCCCCGACUGCCCUACCCGUGUUUGUCCAGUCUGUCCAGCAAUAUGCACAGGGCAUAUCUUGAUUGUUUGAUCAAAAAGAAAACAAGGGAUACUCCACAGGCCUUACAGGCACGAGUGAACACUGAAGUAAUGGAGUUCACAAGGUACUUACAGGAUGUCGCCAAAAUAUGCGCUGACGACUACUUCUUCAUAUCACAGGGAGCCAGGCAAUAUUCAGAGGAUUUCUUCCGGGGCUGUUUGGAGUGCAUCAAGACAUAUCCUCAGCUCUACCAGAUCCAUGAGAUGACUAGUUUGACGGGGGGGACGUUCAACCCAGGGCUCACGCUGACCUUUGAAAAACAGCUGCUAAUCAUGGGCAAUGUGGAUAUUACCGACCACAAGAUAGUGCCUGCUGAUGCGCAGCUUGCAUCGGAUUAUCAGAGUGUUUCAUCAGAGAAUCCUCCAGCUAAAAAAGCUAAGGACAUGCACGCUACAGUCAGUGAUGAUAGUAACGCCCAAACCCUGUGUGAUCGCUAUGAGCCCCAAGUGUGUCUGACUCGAGAUGCUCUUGUCAGGCUGCUAGACAACCAUGGCCCUGGCUUUGGAGAGCAAUGGGAACUGCCUGUUUGGGUUAAAUGCAAACAAGAGAAAGGCAGCAGUCAGAAGAAGACUGUGUAUGUAGACUCUCCACUUUUGAAGACUGAAAUGACAGUGAGGGAGAGGAGUCAUCUUUUCCACGAGGAGAGUUUAAAGCUUUCCUUUAAUAGGAAUGGAAGUAAAAAUAUUUUCCAUGUAAUGACAGAGCUUCCUGCAGGCGAGCAGCUACUCUCACAGGAGAAUUCAAAAAGGGAAUUAGUGUCUUUUGAAAGUGGUCUUGACUUUGAUGUGGAUCUCACUGACCUGGAGACAUUUGGGGAGACCGUGUCGACUAAAACCUCCCAGAUGAAAAAGAUGCAGACUGAGCAGGAUGCAUCCAUAAGUAAAAAAGCAGCUAUUCCCUCUCCUUUAAGUAAGAGUAAAAGGUCAGCGGAGAAUCUUGUAAAUUGCAGCAGUUCACAAGAAGAGAUGGACGUGUCUUUGACGGAUAUGAACGAUCCCACAACAGAGGAGACGACUCAGCCAGUUGUGUGUGAUGUCACCGAGCCAAAAACUGAACUUAUGAGACCGGACUCUGCUCAGGAAAGUGACAAAGACCUCAUUGUUGCGGAGGACUCGGAUGAUGAGAAGCUGGUCAUUGAUGACAUUGUGUCUCCUGCCAAAACCCCCACAACACAAGCUAAACCUAGAACCACACCGUGCUCUGCAGACUCCCCGAGCACACCUGUCUCUGAACCUGAAUCUGCAAACUCGGAGUCAUCUUCCCCUCAAAAAGGUAAAAGGCAGAGGCGGCAACCCAAAAGAUCAAAUGCAGCACCCAAGUCUGGUGACCAGCUGGGUGAGAUCCUGCGCAUGCAGACAGCUAUGUUCAACACCGCCAAUGACACAGCAAAACAAUCCACAACAUCUCCAGAGACUAAGACUCCAACCCAAUGUACGGGAACCCCAGCCCACUCCCACCAAACAUCUCUAGUCAAGCCCUGUGUGACCUCAUAUUUGGAGAGAAGCCAGAACCAGGAGAGAGAGACCUGCACUGCACCUCAGGAAUCUACACCUGCAGCCAAGUUUACUUCUACAGAGCGCAAAAAAAUACUCUCAGAAGACCUGCAGGCUGGGGCCGAGGACGAACAAGACUACGAGCCUCCAGAGGAAGGCAACCUGCUCUAUAAGCUCUACAGUCUGCAGGAUUUGUUGCUCAUGGUGCGCAGUUCUGUUUCACUGACCCAUUCCAGAAAUGUUCGCUCUUCCCAAAACCAGUUUGUGCCAGUGCAUGUCCUGCCAAAGCUUGAGUACCAGUUGUGUUAUGGUGUUGAGUGUUUAAGCAGCAGUGAGGCCUGUCAGCUGUGGACUGAGACUACGCUCCACUCCAGCACUGUCUCCUACAUAGCUCACAUCAAUGCGUUCACAUCAAAAGUAGCUCUGCUGAGAAAGCUGCCUGACGCCUGGAAACAGAACAUCUCGUGUGGGUUCAAGCCUUCCAAGUCACUCAAUAUCCUGCACCACCUCCUGAAAAAACUAACUGGGCUCGAAGAAGGACAUUACCUGAUUACACACGAGGCUGGUAAACCCUUUGUUACCUUCUUAAAAGAAGCUAAGGGAAAAGUGAGUCGGGGGUCUUACAACCUGCAGCAGGCCCACAGCACUGUCCCGAAGCACCCAGCCUCUGACCUUGUACCCUGGAUACCUGUUGAUCCAGCAGUGGUGCUUCCCUUUCAUCUGAAGCAUGGCCGUGCCCCCUGCACCUUUCCUAUAACCCCCAUGUUGAAGACAAAGUAUAGCCAUGGAGCUGGACAGGCGAACAACAACCAGAAAACAGGAGGUAAAAAGAAGAAGAAACGAGCAGCGAAACGUAAGAAAUAUAUUAAAAGGCUAAUUGAGAAGUCCAUUUGAGAGGAUUUAAUGUCCAUAUCAUUUCACAUCAUGUUAGGUCAGUCAGAGGAGGAGCUGGACCUGUACUAGAAAGAAAGUUAAUGACUGUCUGUGAUUUCAAUCUGGAAAAACACUGUGACCUUAACUGUGAAUGCUAAAGCACUUUCAAUGUUCAGAAUCUUUGUAUUUUUUGUGGGAAAAUAAGUUUUUGUUUUUUUAAGGUUUGUAAAAACUGAGACAAUAAACUCUUUCCAAGUU